AUGGGACUACCUCGGAUAAUCCCUCCUUUUCAUAGAAAGAUAAUACGAGGACGGGAUGAGAGGGCGGACAUACUAGUUAAUAAGUAUUCUUUGUCUUUAUUCACUGUUGCUAAGUUGAUAAAACUUGCAAAGCGAGUAAAUGCAAGUACACUUUCUAGUAUCGUUCAACCUCCCGAAUCUGAAGAGGGUGUCAUGAUGCUUCACAAAGCUUUUACUAAGUGGAGCAAAAUACUCCGAAGGAGGUAUAUUCCUAGGAUCUCGGAAAUACCCCUACUUCAGGGUAUGACUUGGGAUCCCACCUGGAAAGCUCUGACAACCAAUAGGUGGGCUACUAAUGCUCUCAUUUCAAGGGGGAUUGAUAGGAAAGUAGCUUCGGCGAAAUCCAUGUUUAAAUGUUUCUUCUUUGAAAUGGAAGCUUGGUGUCAACUUAUUGCCCAUAUUUCCCGAAGUGAGCUCGGAAAAAGGCCGUUGACAGAACUUGGUAUACAAGGUUGUCCUCCAACAGGGCGGCUUGGGUGUUCAAUUGAGGGAGGAGGAAAGAGACCUAUCUUUGCCAUUGGUAACUGGUUUAAUCAAAGGCUUCAGAAGCCCUUUCAUGAUUGGUUGAUGGCUGUUCUUGGUCUGAUACCAAUGGAUGGGACUUUUAAUCAAACAAAGCCGAUUGAAAGGCUAGUUGGCUCCAAAUAUGGCUACUCUUUUGACUUAAAAUCUGCAACUGACCGAUGGCCAAUCUCCAGCUUCUGUGUCAAUGCUUGGUUUGGCAACAAACUUCUUCUCAGUACCCUGACACCAAAGAAAGGGAAGGUUGUGGACUUUGCGGCUGGACAGCCUUUAGGAUACUACUCAUCUUUGCCUCUAACAAUGGGUGUUUGGAAUUCGCUAAGAAGUUUUAUGCAAGGAAUGUGA